CUUUUUAGGACUCGCUCAUUAUAUACUGAUCCAUAUUCCCCACCAAUUCAGUUUCGCUAUAUUCCGUCGUCGGAAGCCGGUCAAACCACCAGAUCAUGAGUCAAACCGCCGCACUGAUUCAGGGCUCUGCUCCCACCCUCUUCUCCCCUUACCAGAUGGGGAGGUUCAAUCUUGCCCACAGGGUGGUGUUUGCACCAUGCACCAGAUGCAGAGCUUUGAACAACAUACCACAACACGCACACGUCGUGUAUUAUUCGCAGAGGGCAACCCAUGGUGGAUUGCUUAUUACGGAGGGAACUAUGAUUGACCCUACAUCGGCUGGAUUUCCAAAUGUGCCAGGGAUUUUUACCCCAGAGCAAGUGGGUGGAUGGAAAAAUGUAGUUAAUGCCGUCCAUGCUAAGGGUGCUGUUAUAUUUUGCCAGCUUUGGCACGUUGGUCGUGCAUCUCAUUAUGUAUAUCAACCCCUGGGAGGUGCACCAGUUUCUUCCACAGAACAACAGAUUACCGAAAAAUGGUCUUUACUCAUGCCAGACAGUUCUUAUGACCAUUUCUCGAAACCCCGUGCUUUAUCCAUCGAUGAAAUCGCAAAAUAUGUUGAUCUGUAUCGGGUUGCAGCACUCAAUGCUAUGGAAGCAGGUUUUGAUGGAGUUGAAAUUCAUUCGGCACACGGGUAUUUGAUUGAUCAGUUCUUGAAAGAUGGGAUAAACGACCGCACAGAUAAGUAUGGUGGAUCUGUUCAAAACCGUUGCAACUUUUUGCUGGAAAUUGUUGAAGCAGUUGCCAAUGCCAUUGGAGCUGACAGACUAGCCGUUAGGAUAUCCCCUGCCAUUGACCAUAAUGAUGCCACAGACACUGACCCCCAUGGCCUAGGCCAUACAGUGGUUGAGAGGCUCAACCGCUUCGAAGCCGAGUUCGGGUCGAAAUUGGCCUAUCUCCACGUCACCCACCCGCGGUUUGUGUCUCGAGGAGAAAGGCCGGAUUUGGACAAGUUUGGUGGUGUCGAAAAAGAAGCCUUGCUGAUGAGCUCCCUUAGGAAGGCUUACAAGGGAACUUUUAUGGCUAGUGGUGGUUAUACAAAGCAACUUGCGAAAGAUGAUAUUGAGCAUGAUAAGGCUGAUCUGGUGUCAUUUGGGAGGCUUUUUAUAGCGAAUCCAGAUUUGGUGUUGCGUUUCAAGCUCGACGCGCCACUCAAUAAGCACGAUAGGUCUACGUUUUAUACUUCUGAUCCUGUUGUUGGAUAUACAGACUAUCCUUUCCUUGAUCAUGGUUGUGAAACCUCUCUAUCUGUGCAUGCUUGAUUAUGUACUGUUUGUAUUAGAAAUGUUUUAAAUGAUCAUUGUGAUGUGAUUUUCCCCAAUUCGACAUUUAACAUUAAGCUUUUCAAUUUAUCAUUACAAUGAGUGCUCGUAUUCAAUUUAUAAAAUAUAUAAGGAUACACUGUUAC